GAAGUCCUUUUCGAUCUUAUUUCUAAUACUAAUUUAUCUAUAAUAGAGUUAUUAUUAUGGUAUAUAUAAACGCUUUUCUUGUGUAAUCUCUAUCAUCUUCUACUCUUUUAUAAUAUCUUCAAUUUACACUACCGCAUCUUUUACCCUGUUUUCAGUUAUGCAUAUCUUCAGCAUAUCAGAGGACUAUCUUGAGUCAUGCAAAGUAGCCCGGCAUAGAUGCCCAAACUAAUUUUGAGAGGCAUGAUCUAUUGAUACUACUUGAUGCACUUUAGGUAGCCAUACAGCAGCUGAAAUACGGGUAUUUCGGCAGUCUGAAGCAAAUAACAUCACCUGGCACUCCCACUGCAUAGUUCUUGCGUUGUCCUGUUGUAGCACUUGGGCGAAGAUCAAUCAACGUUCUGGCAAUCGCGAUGAUUAAUGGAGAACAGGAGACGCCGUGUGUUCGUAUAUAUUGAUCCAUCUACCUACGUUGGAUGCGAAAAAGCCAGCCUUCUUCUUCGCCUGGCAGCUUUCAACAAACUUUCAGACCAUUCAUCUACAAUUAUGUCGGAACGUGUCACUAGCCUUUCGCUCGGAGUUUACGAUCAAGUAAUUGCACUAACUCAAUACAUGAUUAACUCCAGCUUUGAUGCAGCCUAUACACUCGCAACCUCAGGUGAUGACUCGCCUCAAAAUCCACUCGAUCUCACAGAUCGAACUGGUGCUGGCCUUGGAAACGUCACGCUUGGAAGCCCCCGCUGCAUAAUCUCCACGGAUGUGGCCAACCAUGGUACGGUAAUUUACCGAAUGCAUCUCACCGGAGGAACAGUUUGCUUAUUCGAAAGCAUGGAUAAAACGGAUAAAAGGCAGAUUUUCUAUCAUAUGGACGACUGGAUUUUCGCUUUUGCUGUGAAUUUAGGCUUUCAAGAUGUUGAUGAAACAUCUUCGAAGUUCCAAGAAAUUAGAACACAAAUGGGUAUGCCCGGGGAUUAUACUAUCCAAACACUCCUCGUCGAUAUGAGUACCGCCCAAUUUGGUAGCCCUCAAAUGAGCAUGUGCACUUUUGGGAAUUGGUCAGCAGAUGAUUAUAUCAUAGAUGCAAACGGCGACAGACAAACACCACCCAAUGCCGUUCCUGGACAACCAAGAGAUCCAUCUUCCAUGUGGUCUACCAGUAUACGUGAUCAAUUUCAGAUGCAAUUGUCUAACCCACAGCUUCAUAAGAAGCUCAUGGAUGCAGGCCUACAAGACCUUGGCUAUAGCGCUACAGCAAAAAAUAUUGACACUGCUGGCCACGAGCCGACUUUUCUUCCAACAAAUUUAAGGUUUCAGACGAUUCCCUGGUUUGACCCAGCGAACAGGUCGACUUAUGUCCCAACUUCCGGGCUUACCGGCAAAUCAGUUCUGAAUUAUCUCCUUUAUUUAGAGACAACAGGCGAUAACCCAUUUCCACAAGGCGGCACUGAAGAUACAUUCCUUAAAGACGGCGAAGGAAACUGGACCGAUGGAACUGAUCCAGCUACUGACUCUCCUUCCAAAUUUGGCACUAUGGUUAUCUCAAAUAAAAAUUUCAUGGACAAGUUCUUCCUUCCGAAGAUGAGAAAGUUGAAUCGUUCGGCAGCUGUGAAGUUUGACACUCUAACUAUUUGGGUUCAUCAAACCUUCGGGCCAUUUGCUUAUGAGACCAAAAUAACUUUCAGAAUCAGUGUGGGUGAUGGCGUCACCGCUUACGAUGUCGUCGAUUCAGACGAUAACACUUAUGCAUUCGCGUCACCGAAAGCUAUAUCUGAUGGAGCAACAUGGGGAGCGACAGAAUGGGCAGCGUUACCCGCCUUGCCAUCAGGUGCCGUCCAAUGGACUUUUACCAAAGAUUUUGAUGAAGUCCACGACCAUGAUACUAGCGGUAUAUCCGGCUCAGAUACAAUCGGAGAUGUUUGGGGCCGUAGUUCAAUUUGUUCGCGAUUGUGGUUCGUCCCAGGUACAAACAAAUUAACACUAGAAUUACAAAACAGUGUCUACGUGGAAUGGAAGGUCAACCCCAACCGGCUUGACCCAAAUCGUUACUGGUACUCCGACAGCGUUACAACUUGGAAGGCAGAAUUUACCUUGCAAGAAGUUAGCGAUGGUGGUUUGCAUAUAAAUAUUUCACACAUCCCGCCGGUGACAACCUGGCACAGCGACGACAUCGAUAAUAUGAAAACAUACUUCACGGAGAGAUUCAAGGACGCGGCGGCGAACUUUGACAACUUGCUCACCGGACUAGACAACGCUCUAAAAGGCCAAGAGAAGUUUUAUUUUCCGUCAAGAGGAACUUUCUUCAUCAAAAAUCCCAUCUUUGACCACAAUGCGAAUAUCCUUUGCGAGCUUGAGUAUAACGGGGAUGCUACUUCGACUACACCCAAUCCAAGUGCUAUAACAAGACCAGAGACUAUCACGGGCGAUUUCAAUUCUGUCUUGCCGAUUCAUAAUGACAGCGGUAAGGCAGUUUGAAGAAAGUAGGGUUUUGAAUUCAUUUUCUCUUUGAUUUUGACACAUACGGAAUUGGUUUUCUGUAACGCAAUGUCUUAAAUGUGUGGCUUGUAGCUUAAAUUUCCAUCAAGAUUGGGAAAAAAUAAUGGUACAAAACACUUCAUAUGCCUUAAUGAAUUAUAUUCUAGCA